AAUUCAGACACUAUUCCUUCUUAUUUUCUCCAAAAGAUCAACAGAUUUCAAACACACGCGCCACCGUCAGCGCGUGUCAUAAAAUAGUUCCAACAAAUAAAAUAAUAAUCCACUUUUUAGUAGUAGUUGCUCGAUCCCACGUCUUUCUCGCUAACUCUGAGAGUGAAAUGUCACCUCCAUUACUCAUUAACUACAAAAACAAUUAUUCAACUGUAAACACAAAUACCUACCAAAAAAAGAAAAAAAUUUAGCCAAUUAUAUGUAAAUAAUUUUUUUUUUUUUUUUUUUGAUAUUUCGUUUGUUUCUUGAAUCUCUGUCAAAUGGGUAGUCACAAAAGCAAUUAUAUGAUCUGGGUAUGUCACAUUUUGUUCUUGUUGUAACUCUGAUUUGGAUUCUUGAGCUGCAGUUAUUGGGUUUCCAAGAUUGAAUUUUUUUUUUAGCUAAUCAUAUGGUAGAGUAGAAAAAAUUACUUUUUUUGUUGUUGAUAUUUUGUUUGUUUCUUGAAUCUCUGUCAAAUGGGGGUCCCAUUUUGUUCUUCUUGUUGAAACUCUGAUCUUGGUUCUUGAGCUGCAGCUAUUGGGUUUCCAAGAUUGAGAUUUUUUUUAAAUUUUUUUUGGUUAUUUGAGGAGUUUUUAAGUUAGCAAGUUUGGAUAUUUUCAAGAAUGUGGAGGGACCCUGGAGCUCCAGCUGAUUCUUUUUACCAGGUUCUCCCUGAAUGUACAGAUGUUCCAAAAACAAGAUUCAGAAUCAAGGCUGGGAAAACCUUAAGUGCAAGGAAAUGGCGUGCUGCAUUUACAUCAGAAGGUUAUCUUGACAUUCGCAAAACACUAAGUCGAAUUUAUCGUGGGGGGAUUCAUCCAUCAAUUAGAGGUGAAGUUUGGGAAUUUUUACUGGGUUGUUAUGAUCCAAAGAGCACAUUUGAGGAAAGAGAGCAGAUACGGCAACUGAGGAGGUCCCAGUAUGCUGUACUGAAAGAAGAAUGCCGCACAAUGUUUUCCAUGAUCGGAAGUGGUAGUUUUAUUACUGCACCUGUAAUUACUGAAAACGGUGACCCAAUCCUUGAUCCUAUUACUCUCCAAGAGGCACAAGCAGCAAAAGAAUUAAGUUCCGGUGGUCAGCAAAAUGGUAAUCCUGGAUGUGAAAUGGUAAAGGAGCACGACAAAAGAAUAAUCCAGUGGAAACUCUCAUUACACCAGAUAGGGCUCGAUGUUGUUCGCACCGACAGGACACUUGUCUUUUACGAGAAACAGGAGAAUCUAGCCAAGCUUUGGGAUAUUCUGUCUGUGUAUGCAUGGUUUGGCAAAGAUGUUAAUUAUUGUCAAGGAAUGAGCGAUCUCUGCUCUCCCAUGAUUAUUCUUCUUGAUAAUGAAGCCGAUGCAUUUUGGUGCUUUGAACGCCUAAUGAGGAGACUGAGAGGAAAUUUCAGAUGCACUGAGAGAUCUGUCGGGGUGGAAGCGCAGCUAAGUAAUCUAGCUUCAGUAACACAAGUUAUUGAUCCUAAACUUCAUCACCACUUAGAGACAUUAGGUGGAGGUGAUUACCUAUUUGCUAUUCGGAUGCUCAUGGUUUUGUUCCGUCGAGAAUUCUCGUUUGGCGAUUCAUUAUAUCUUUGGGAGAUGAUGUGGGCCCUGGAGUAUGAUCCCGACUUGUUUCUUAUGUACGAAGACCCUGACUCUGCUGAAAAAUCUGAAGGAUCGAACGGAAGAGCAAAAUCGACACGCCAGUGUGGGAAAUUUGAAAGAGAGAAUUUGAAAAAUGGAGGCAAAGGUGCUGAAGCUCCCCUCCCAAUUUCCGUUUUCCUAGUAGCUAGUGUUCUAAAAGACAAGAGCACAAAGUUGCUGACAGAAGCUAAAGGACUGGACGACGUUGUUAAGAUACUGAAUGACAUCGCCGGAAACCUGGACGCCAAAAAGGCUUGCACGGGUGCAAUGAAACUUCACAAGAAAUAUCUUAAAAAGGCGGCCAAUGGCAACAGGUAACGAAAAGAAAAGCCAACACAAGCGCGCUACGCAAUUCAUAAGCCAUGGAGCUCAUGUAAAAUAACAUUUCUGAUGGUACUUUCCCUGUUCUCUCCAAUGAGCUUAAUGUUGCAACAGUAUUGCUGCAGGGUAAGAAUGCUAUCGUGAUUUUUGAUAUACGGAUUUUUUGGCCAUGUUGAGGAAGAGUGACUGCUUUUGUAUACAUACUAUGGCUUGAUUUGUUAAGGGGCAAUGUAAAUUUCCAUUUGUCAUAAAGCUCCAAA